AUGGAAUACAAGAAAUUAGAAAAGUUAAAAGGCUGGCAUAAAGAAUAUAACAACGAUAUAAUAGACUAUGUAUUUGUAUUAGGAGAUUUCGAUAAUUUAAUAUCUGAUAAAUCAAAUAUAAAUAUGGAAGAAUGCUAUUAAUCAGAAGCUCGAAUUGCAAAUGUUUUAAAUUUCCUAGAAUUUUUCUCAUGUACAUUAUUAGUUUUACCCGGAAAUCAUGAUCCUUAUAAUAUGUUUAAAUUUAAACAACCUUCAGAAAAUACACGAAUAACUUAGCAUUCAUAUAAUAUACAUAAAUCUGUUUUCGAAAUAAAUACAUCAUUAAGUGUUAUAGGUUUUGGUGGAAGUAUCCCAGGUUACUAACAUAUUUAAGGUGAAUAAAAGCUAGUAUGGGAAGGAUUUCCUUUUUUAAAUGAAGAAGAAAUCAAAAAUGAAAGUGAACAAUUUUUCGAUGAUCAAUUUAAAUAAGAAAAAUAGUUCAUUUUACUAACCCAUGUAGGUCCUUCAUGUUCAUAAACUACAAUUGUCAAAACAGAAUAGUAAGAAGAUAAUAUUUAUGCCGGUUGUGAAUUUUUUAAUGAUGUGAUUAAAAAAUAUAACAAGAAAAUUGUUACAAAUCUUCAUGGACAUGUACAUGAUAGUAUAGGCAAAUUAUCUGUUAUGGAUGUUCAAAUUAUCAAUCCAGGCUCUUUAAAGUACGGUUAAUUUGCAAAAAUUUGCUUACAUUAAGACAAUUCAACUUUAAAGUGGGUAGUAAGAAAUAAUCCUUUUAUCUAAGUAAAAUAAGGGACAAAAUGUAUAGUAGAACGUUUUGGUAAACCAGUCAAAAUAUUAGAUGCUGGACUACAUUAAAUAAAUCCUAAUGUAGAUACAAUAAAAGUAAAAAGCUUAAAAACAUAAGUAAUUGAUUUACCAAGUUAAAAAAUUAUUACUAAAGAUAAUAUUAAUGUUACAAUAGAUUGUUGCCUUUAUUAUAGAAUAAUUUCAAUUCCAAGGGCUACAUAUAAAAUAGAUAAUUUACCUCAUGCUUUAAUGAAUUAAAGUAUUGCUGCCAUUAGAUCUGUACUUGGAGAAAUGAACUUAUAAGAUUUAUUAGAUAAAAAAGAUGAAAUUGGAGAUAAUUUAGAAGAAUUAGUUAAUGCUUAAUCCCAAAAUUGGGGAACUUAUGUUGAAUAAAUAUUCGUUAAAGAUAUUUAACUAAAUAAAUAAACAUAAGACGAUAUGGCAGCUAUAGCAAAACAAAAAAGAAUUGGAGAAAGUAAACUUAUUAGUAAUAAAGCAGAUGUAGAAACUGCAAGAUUAUUAAGAGAAACUGCUGAUAUAUUGGACUCAAAAGCUGCUAUGUAAAUUAGAUAUUUAGAAAUAAUCAAUUAAAACAAAAGCUUACAUAAAUUUUUGCUUAAAAUUAAUUAAUUUAACCCCGCCUUUAGACUAAAACGAAGGUCAGGCAAGCACUAAGUCGAAAACAGCUGUAAUAGUAAAUGCUUAGUUUGUAAAGGGCCAUCUAGUUCUGAAUGUAGUAAAUGCAAUCGUGAAUAUUAUCUUUUAAAUAACACUUGCGUUUCGAAUUGUGGUAUUGGUUAUUACAAAAAUGAUCAAAUUAAUGAAUGUUAAAAUUGUAAUCCAAAUUUAAACUGUUAGUAAUGUUCAGAUGGAUAAAGUUGUAGUUCUUGUGGAAUAGGCUUUUUUUUGAAUUUUCCAAAAUGCCAAUAAUGUCAUCCUAAUUGUGUAUCUUGCUUUGCUUAAGAAUAUUAUUAAUGCUUUACAUGUAAUACAGCUCUAUAAAAAUACAAAGAAGAUGCAGCUUGUGUUGAUGUAUGCAGCAAAGGAAAAUAUAGAGCUCAAUAAGAUGAACUUUUAUAUUGUGAAGAUUGCUAACCUCCUUGCAAAUAAUGUUUAAGUAAAGAAAUCUGUACAGAUUGCUAAGAAGGGUAUUAUUAUGAUUCAACAUAAGAAGAAACAAAAAGAUGUUAAUUAUGUGAUAGUGGUAGCAAAUAAAUAAAAGGAUGCGUUAAUUGUUUUUUUUAAUAAACAAAUAACAAAUUAAUAUGUCGAUAAUGUAUAAAUGGAUUACUUUAACCAGACUAAACAUAAUGUUUAGAAACAUGUCCGUAAAAAUAUUUCUAAGAUAUCGAUUAAAAAAAAUGCAUAUAAUGUCAUGAAAAUUGUAUAUAAUGUAUUUAAGCAUAGAACUUUAAUUGUAUAGAAUGUAUUAGUGGUUAUUAUUAAGAGUAAAAUACUAAUUCUUGUCUUAAAUGUCCCAAAAAUUGUUAAAAAUGUAUUAUAUUAUCAAGCAAAUUACAUUGCAUAAAAUGUUUUCCAGGUUAUAUAUUUUAAAUAGAAAUAUAAAUUUCUUUUGAUUUUUCCUUAUCUAAUUUAGUAAGGUGUGUUAAUGAAUGUUCAUUCGGAUAUUUUAGUUUAUCUAAAUCUUUAACAUAGGAAUUAACUAUACUAUUUUUAUAAAAAGUUAACUAAAAUUUAUACUUAGGCUUCUUAAAUAGUGAUUGGUGUUAGAAAUGUUCUUCCAUAAAUAUAAAUUGCGAAGAUUGUGAAAAAUAAAAUCCGUAAAAUUGUCUAGUUUGUAAAAAUAAAUAUUAUUUGAAAAUCGUAACCGUUUUCUUAUAAAAUUAAGACGGAGAAAUUCAAAAUUAAGAUGGAUAUAUUUAAAAUUAAGAUGGAGAAAUACAAAAAACUUAUAAAUAUGGAGAUUGUUUUCCUUGUUCUUAAGCAAAUUGUGAUGUAUGCAUAAAAAAAAAACCUUCCUUAGAUGAUUUAGAUGAUCCUCCUUAAUGCCUUUCUUGUAUAAGAGAUAAAAAUGAUGUUUGUUAAAACUUUUUAAUUAAUGGUGUUUGUAUAUCUCAAUCUAAUUGUAUAUUAAAUACUAAUUAUUAUAUCGAAAAAAAAAAGUGUAUCUGUGCUAAAUGUGAUGAUUUAUGCUCUUCUUGUAUAGGAGGAUUAGAGAAUUAAUGCCUUGGGUGUAGUUCUUUAAAAAAUUUUUUAGUUAAAUCUGAAAAUUUAAAUUACGGAUAUUGUUAACAAUGUCCUUCUAUCUGUAGUGAAUGUAUAAGUUAAAAUUUUUGUUUAAGUUGUAUUAAGGAUUAUUAUUUGAAUUAUUUUGAUUCUAAUACCUAAUUAUGCAUAGAUAAAUGUCCUAAUAAUUUCUACGAAGAUAACGACUAAAACAAAUGUACAAAAUGUCCAGAUCCAUUUUGCCAAAAUUGUUUUAAGAAAUCGCUAUAAAUAAUAACCUGUCUCCAAUGUAAACCAGGUUUUUAUAUAAACAAAGAAUCAGGCACAUGCCAACAAUGCCACCCUUAAUGUGAAACAUGUUUAUAAUCCGGAAAUGACAUAGAGCCCUUCUGUUAAAAAUGCAAACAACCAACAUAACAAGACUGGCCUCCAAUAGUAGUAGACGGCACCAAAUGUAAAGAAAAAUGUCCUAAGAAAAAAUACAUGGACCUCGAAACAUUAAUAUGUGUAGAUUGUCAUCCAUCAUGCAAUUAAUGUACAUCUUAAAGCCAAACACAAUGCUAAGAAUGCUAUACUAGAACCAUCAAUAGAAUUAAUAAGUGA